AUGUACACAACGCAUAAACAGAGAGACACUGCAGGAGGCCUUUCGGAGCCACUUCCUUCUUCCCAAGGCCCCCCCCCACAGAGUCUUUCGGGGGAGUUGGGGCAACUCCGGAGGCCCCCCCGGGCCCCUUCAGCUUCCAACAAGGCACACGCUCAGGAGCGGGAGCGUACUGUGGCAUGUGCUGUCUCGAAACGUGUGCCUGAGGCCAGACAAAGGGGCCCCAUGACGGCCCCUUUGUCCAGACGCGAUGGGAGGAGGGCAGCGAAUGAGUUUCAAGGAGAACACCGGGGAGGCCUCACCCUUCCGGAAACGCCCCUGCCCACAAGCACGACAUUACAUACCUGGCGCUGGUGCUGUACAGGCUUUCGUCUAUUCUUUGCGAAUGUUCGAGUGUCUCAUCAGCUUCUCAAGAAGAAGAUCUUGGGCUAUCCCCUGCGCUACAAUGAACAUAAGCUCCUUGUUCGGACUACAGCAGACGCCCUUAAACUGAUUCCGUUCUCCUUGCUCAUCAUCGUUCCUCUGGGAGAGCUUCUUAUCCCCGUCGCGCUCCGACUCUUCCCGAACAUGCUGCCUUCGACUUUCCAGCAAAAGCAGGUGGAUCACGCCUUUCUGAGUAGGAAACUGCAGGCAAAGCAGGAGCUUGCCGCCUUUUUUCAGGAGCUGCUGCAAGAGAGAACUCGGCAUCUUAUUGAACAGACACCCGCUGCUGACUCUGCGGCGAAAUCCAAGGCUUUGAAAUCCUUUCAGCAAAAGCUUCUCAAGCCGAACACCUGUGGGGAACCUCCACUGCCCGGGUUGAAUGAAAUUCUAGAAUUUUCCCGUUUAUUCAAGGAUGACUUUGUCAUCAACAAAAUGGAUCUCCAGACGCUACAGGUUAUGUGUAAGCUUCUCGGCCUGCAACCGUACAGCGUUCGUUCCCACGUGAUGCUGCAACUGCGGCACCAUAUCAACCACAUACAGCGCGAAGAUAGAGAGUUCUUGUGGGAAGGUGUGGACAGCUUGACGCACGAGGAGUUGGUUGAGGCAUGCAGAGAUCGUGGCAUGAAGUUUUACGGUACCACAGACGACGCGAUGCGGGAGCAGAUGCGGCGAUGGCUUGAAGUGUCGUCCCAUAGAGAUGUGCCGCCUAUCUUGCUGUUAUGGAGCCGCUGCGUGUCCAUGAUACCGGCUUCUCAAUUGCAGCCUACUGCUACAACCUCGACGGUAGCAGCAAGUGCACCAGCAACUGAGGCUGCAACAGCGCCCAGCAUUUCACUGGCUGCGGUUGCGGGACAGCGCGCUGCACCCGAAACGGCGGAGCAGCAGAAAUCGGAAGAAGCAGCAGCAGCUGCAGCAGAAGGAGAGAUGCCUGCUGCUGCCGCAGCAGAUGGUGAGCCUGAGACAGACAAGCUGCGCAAAGCAGCGAGCCUUGAGGCGAUGACAAAGCAGGUUGAGCUUCUGCGAGAAGAAGAAGAAUCGCUCAGGCAUAGCAUUUCUCUGCUGCAGGGUCUAGCCUUUUCCCCAGGUGCUCUUCUUUGUCUGCAGGAGGAGCGGGCGCAGCAGAAGCAAAUGCAGAAGCUUCAUGCGCAUCCCAGAGACGACGCCGAUGCAGGAGAGUGCCGAGAUACGGACUCUGCUCAGGUACAAGAGUCGGAGGAAGGUGUCCAGGGGGGGCCCCUGGCAGACAAAGGGGUCCAAGGAGGGCCCUCUGCGGAAGCUGAAGAUGACGCCACGGGGUCUGCGGAAGAGCGUGAACCUCGGGAUAUCGAAACCGAGCUCCGGUUGCUGCGGAAACUGACGGAUAUACAGCAUGAGCACGAGGAGAGGCAAUUUCACAUGUUUAAUCAAGUUCAAAUGGCCCUGGAGGCACUCAAAAGCAAGCUGGCUUCUCAACUCAGGGGCGUUGAAGUCGCGGAAGGAACGGCACAAGCAAAUGCAGCGGACGUAGCAGCAGCCGAAGAGUUGAAGCCGAAUCCCCAGGAGGUCCUUAAACAACAAGCAGCGGAAUUGUUACACGAUGAACUUCAUGAGCUCGACUUGCGUAUGGCACUGCUAGCCCAGGAGUUCGCGGAUGACGCGAAGGAGCUCGAGCACUUCAUGGCUGAUGCACGCAUGCCUGAAGAGGGAAUGUUGGCGUCAUCAAGAGCUAAGAACGCCGCGUGUGCCCUUCAUAUAUACCCGGAGAAAUUUAGCUCUUGUAACUCCAUGCCCAAGCCUCUGCCUCGUGUCUGCUGCUGUGUGCAAUUUCGCUACGCCAACCAAGAUUUCUGGUCAUGGGUAGCGUAUGUUUUUGCUGCCGCUGCUCCGCAGACGCAACCCAACACCGAGGGGGAGCCCUCGGAGGGGCAAGCACCCUUGUCGGAGGAUGCCUCUUUUUCCAAGGACGUCGCAGAUACGCAAAGUCCUCAAAGCCAGUCAAAGUAA